AUGCAGGCGAUGUCCGUCAGGUGCAUACCCCAGAUACCGUUUGUUUGUUUUACCUAUCCCACACCAAUGCCACCAGCCCAUGAAAAGAAGCCCACGUCGCGUAUGACCUCGCGGCAUGCUGCGCUUCGCAAUAAACCGAAAAAACUGGACCCUUUAGCUUCAUCGGCAUCAUUCCAGCUUCUCUGUAAGCUCUUCGUUCCUACAAAAUACUUUAAAAAAACCGAUAAACUUACAUCCAAACAGCUAUCCACAUACCUCCCAACUAUAGUGCUGCGCCAUAGUGAUCUUAACUUUCAAUUGCAUCUUCUAUUGGCUUCAAUUGUCAACAAAUUUGUCGCGAGCUGGUAUCUCGGCAAAUUGAAAACUGAUAAUCUUGAAUUUUUGCAAUUGGUAUACAAGUGUUUGAGUGAUCUUUGUUCUGACUUGACAAGUAGGUGUUAUAGCUCUUGCGGGUCAGAUCGUCUCUAUGGGUUUAUGGACGAAAUAAUGCUAAUUCUUGAUGAGCAUGUACAACAAAUGUACCAGCUUCGAACAGAUAUACGACGCCAACAAAGUCUCAAUGUUGAGGAACGACUAGAGGAGGAUAUAGUGAGUGAAUUUCUUCGACAAAAGCAUCAAAUUUUCACAGAUCAAGAUGAAUAUUUACAAGCUUUGACUUCUCGAGUUCUCGAACUCUCGCUAUCUGAGUGUGAUAUUCAUCCUACUUCGUCUCAAUUGACAAGCACUUUUUGCACUGUCUUGGUAUCUGACACUAUACUCAAGAACCUACUCGACAAGUUUUCCCAGCCAGAAUUUCUCUCGCAAAUACUUGCCAAAAUUCUCUUGCGAGAAGAAAAUGCUGCAAAGACAAAAGAAAGUGACUCUAACACUUCACAGCUUUCUAAGUGGUACCUGGUGUACACUAGCAAAGACACAAAGUACGAUAUUGUUGGCAGUCCAUUGUGGUCGCUAGCAAAUACCAUAACAGGUAUUUCAGAUCGCAAGCCAUUACUUGCAGCCGCUUUUCAAAUUUUACGAAAACUCGCCUCAAUUCCGGCUAUAAGUCAGCUAGCUGAUUCUUGUUGCGAGUUCCUUGUUCGCAGCAAAUUGCAGGAGCUGGGUGUUUUUCUGGAACCAAGUAUAUGUUCGUGGGUGCAAAAUCUUCGACGCAUUAUUGACGACGAGGACCAGAAACCGUCUGAAAGUGUCACUCCCGAGUUCUCCAAGUACGACAUUGCUUCUGCGGUGACCUCCAGCGAGCCGGCUCGCAAAAUACCAAUUGCAAGGAUCUUGGCAUAUUCGAAUGAGUCUGAUGAAGAAAUCUAUGAAAAUGUGGUUGCAUUUAUUGAGCUUUUCAAAUACCGGGAAACCAACAAGUUGCUCUUGAUACGGAUUCUAGACGCAUUGAUAGGCCACAUUUAUCCCGAAUUGUGA